AUGAACGUUAAUGAACAAUGAUCACUGAACGUUGAAACAACAUUCCUCGCCUCGCAACGGUUGAAACGACAUCGACGAGUUCAUCGUGUAUCAAGGAAGACAGCAAUCUCCUUUCUCCGCAGGGCAGUGACGUACACAGGGCAUUCGUGCACCAAAAUGAAGAUGUACGCGCGUUACGGAAGUAUCGUGGAGCAACGAUUGCCUUCACUGCAAGUUCGAAACCGCCGCCUGCUUCUGUUCUUUCCUCUUCGUCCGGACCAUGUAUACAGUGAUGGUCUCAGGUCUGUGGCAUAUGAAAAUCCGGCGGGACGACAACGGAGACGAUGACUCGUACGGGUAGUGAUGACGUGUCCAGGUAGGUUUAAAGAGCGCUCCGUCGUUGUGACAUGGAGGAGAUUGGUGAAGAGGGUCGUGGUGGGUAUUCAGAAUGUUUCCCUCCUCUUGCCCUACGCGAUCGCAUCUGUGAUGUACGUCAUGCCGCACCCAAAUUCAAUAAAUCCAACCAACGACCACCUCAAUGACGGUAUAUGCGGUGAUCGCGGAUGGAUGAAAGGGGCCAUAGAGCUGAGGACGCCGAUACAGGCGAAGAACGGCUUGGUGUGAUGAUGCCGCUGAAGUGCAUGUUGAAUUUCUCAGCCCACUGUCAUGAACCCCCGCACGCUAACACGUGAAGUC